AUGAGCUUCUUACGGCUCCUGGUCCUCAAGAAAUCGCUCUCGAUCGGGUUGAACAGUGCUCGAGAGGUGGUCUCCAAACCUCCAUCCGGCGUCAAACCCAUGUCCCUUCGGCUCUUCCACGAUACCCGAUUUAUUCAGCAUGGCGGGAAAGGUAGACCGGCUCCUGGCACCGGGAUCAAGGUGUUCUUCAAAAAUCAUAAAGGAGAGCUGAUCAAGGAGGUCGAAGGAAAUGAGGGCGACGACAUGGUCGACCUGUCGUGGGAAUGGGACCUAGAUAUUGAAGCUGCUUGCGAAAAAUCGAUUGCUUGUUCGACCUGUCAUUGCAUCUUUGAGCCGGAUGUUUACAACCAACUGCCCGAGCCCAGCGAAGAUGAGGAAGAUAUGCUCGACCUUGCAUUCGGCCUCACCGACACCUCGCGAUUAGGAUGCCAAGUUAAGCUGACAAAGUCUAUGGACGGCACCACAGUCACGUUACCAUCGGCAACAAGAAAUCUUAGGGUCGAUGGAUCCAAGCCCUCUCAUUGA